GUUUACUUGAAUUUGGUUAUAUUUGAGAAAGAGGAUUUCUUGUCUUCCCACUCCGAUCCAUUGGAGGAUGACCGGAGCUAGUGUUAGCGGAUUGAGUUUGGGCCUUGUGUACAUAUGUAUAUAGUUUGGUUUGGGCUUGUCAUUGGACCUUUAUGGCUGCUAGGGUUGUGUUGCUUUGGACGUGUAGGGUGUGCAUGGGAGCUAGGGUUGCAUGGGUAUUUAUAUGCUCUUUGUAAGUUGUAGCCGUCUCAUCGAUUUGAGUGAAUAAGAACUGAGCUCGGAGAGUGCCAUACUCUCCCAUGGACUAGUCCCGGAUCUCGGGGAUACCACGUAUAUCGUGUGUUGAUUUCUUUUCGUUCAUCGUUAUUUUGGUUAAGCCUGAUUUGUUAACAUGGUAUCAGAGCUUUCGUCUGGCGAUUCUGAUCGUCUUGGUGCUCGCUUGAACUCCAAGAAUAACGCUCUAUGGGAGUUCCAGUUCCGGGUCUAUGUUGAAGGCAAAGGCCUUCUUGGCUGGAUUGAUGGUUCAUCGGAGCAACCUGAUGCUACGGCUACGGCAGAGGACAUCGCCAAGUGGAAUCAAAGCGAUGCCAAGGUUAGGUCCCUGAUAUUGGGGUCGGUUGAUCCGACUAUUGUACUUGGGCUCCGGCUGAUGACGGAUGUGCGGUCAAUGUGGAAGCAUCUCGAGACCACGUAUUCAUCUCACAAUGUGGCUCGGCAGUUCGAGGUCCAAGCGGCGCUUGAUCAUUUAGAACAGGCCGAUCGAGAUAUUUCCACCUAUUAUAAUGAUGCUCAGGAGCUGUGGACUGAGCAAGAUUUGCUUACGGCGGCGUUGCGCUCCAAGGAAGCAUCGGGUGAGGUCAUGGAGGAACGUAAGCAGCAACGCAUCCUUCACUUUUUGAUGCGGUUGCAUCCCGAAUACGAAUCUGUUCGUUCCUCUCUCAUUAAUCAGGAUGAGAUUGUUAUGGAUGGGGUGCUGGCAAAAUUGUUGCAGGAGGAGACGAGGCUUCGUGCUCAAUCCAAGCUAGCGGCUCGUCCUGGUGAUGGAGACACUGUUUUCGCUGCUAUAGCUGGGUCGUCGGCUAUUGCCCAACAAGGUUCGUCGGCGGCGCCAGUUUUUGCCGCUUCUCGGCCUCAAUUCCAGAACCGCGUGCCUGUGUCUGAACUAGAGUGCCACCAUUGUCACAUGAAAGGGCACUUACAGAAGCAUUGCCGUCAGCGGAACAUUUGUGUUUACUGCAAGAAACCAGGACACUUAGUCCUUGAUUGUCCGUCUCUCCAAAAUCGCAGGCGUUCUUCUCCUAGGACACGACCUGUCGCUGCUGGAGGAUCCUCGAAUCAGGCAUAUGCUGCACAGCUUGCUCAGUCCAUGGCGGUGGCGCGGGGCUCACUACCGAGGCGGUUGAAGGGCUGGUCCAAGCUGCUCUCCAACGCUCGCUCCCGACAGCUCUAAGUUCUGCCUUUGCGUCUCUCCAAACGUCAGGUAAACUCAAACCGCGGCUCCUGGAUUCGGUCUGUUUUAAUCACAUGACCAGUGAUUCCCAUGCUUUGCGAGAUAUUGUGCCCGUUCAGAAUGUAAAUCUGCAGGUUGCAAAUGGUGAGAGAUUGGAUGUUAGUGGGAUUGGAAGGGUUGCACAGCCGGCUCUUAAAAUCUCGAACACUUUAUUUGUGCCCAAAUUGUUUCCAAAUCUUGUUUUUGUUGGUCAACUUGCUGAACAAGGGUACCGUACUGUGUUUGGAUCUUCUGGAUGUGUUGUGCAGGAAGCGAAGACGGGGAGGCAGGUCGGGCACGGGAGUAGACAUGGGCGCAUUUUUCAGUUGGAGGAGCUCUCGGAUCAAUCGUCAAGUAGUCAGUCUUCCCCUUUGUUUCCCUCGCAUUCUGUCUUUUCGUGUUCGGUUUUUUCGAGUCUAGCUGAUCAGAACUUGCAUCUUUGGCAUUCCUGUCUUGGUCACCCACAUUUGAGUCGGCUUGUAUCCAUGAUCAAACUUGGUUUAUUUGGUGAUAAUAAGAUGAUUGAUACCUC